UUUGAAUCUACCGCCUUUGACGUGGCAUCCCGCCAGUAGAGGGGAGUAGUAGCGUCGCCACUGGCCAGUCCAGCAGCCAUCAUUCAAAGCUCAAGACAAGGACCCACGUGGGCUGUGCCUCCUUCAUUUCUGCUAUCCAACAUCAGAACAGUAUAUGAAUAUGGCAAAUGCUGUUUUGACAUCAUUUCCUGCCAUCCUGAGAAACAGUGAUCUCAAGGAGCAUGAAUUGCAGCUGCAAUGGAAAUUGUGCAUCCAGCGCAAGUUUCAGAAUUCAAGGAAGAGGCAGGAUUCCUCAGUGACUGAGGUGACAUCAAGGAAAAGGAAGAUCCCUUGCAUAGCGCCAAAAGAGACUACAUGUCCACUGAUGUAUGGAGUAAAGGCUUACCUUCCACCAAGGCCCCAUUCAGAAGAUGAUGAGUCAUUAGAGACAUAGACAGUGGCUUGCUCUACAUUGGAUGAAGAAAGAUCCCGAGUUAGAUAAGGCUGAACGCCUCAUGCAGUUGACACUCUCUGAGAGACGCAAAAAAAUAAUCAAUGGGAACAUUCUUGUAGCAGAAAUCCUGAACUUGUACCCAUGGAUUCAGACUUUUGAUGGUAUAAUCAAGGAGUUCCUGAGAUUAGAACCACAUGCGGAUGAACCAGACCCAAGAGUAGCAGUUUUGAAAGGGCUGGAGAAAUAUAGGCUCCCAAUAAUUGCCAUUCUCAAAAAAAGAAAAGCAGUUCCUCUGUAUAUGGAAACCUUACUUGAACUCUAUGACCAUGAUGAAAGUCAAUGUACCAGAAGAAGAACUAAGAACAGGGCAGUCUAGU